CAUCCGGCACCAACGGAUCCACCUGGGAUGAAGAGGCUCCAUCCGGCACCAACGGAUCCACCUGGGAUGAAGAGGUUCCAUCCGGCACCAACGGAUCCACCUGGGAUGAAGAGGUUCCAUCCGGCACCGAUGGAUCCAUCUGAGAAGAAGAGGUUCCAUCCGGCACCAACGGAUCCACCUGAGGUGAAGAUGUUCCAUUUGGCACCAACGGAUCCACCUGAGGUGAAGAGGUUCCAUCCGGCACCGAUGGAUCCACCUGAGGUGAAGAUGUUCCAUUUGGCACCGAUGGAUCCACCUGAGGUGAAGAGGUUCCAUUUGGCACCGAUGGAUCCACCUGAGGUGAAGAGGUUCCAUUUGGCACCGAUGGAUCCACCUGAGGUGAAGAUGUUCCAUCCGGCACCGAUGGAUCCACCUGAGGUGAAGAGGUUCCAUCCGGCACCGAUGGAUCCACCUGAGGUGAAGAGGUUCCAUUUGGCACCGACGGAUCCACCUGAGGUGAAGAGGUUCCAUCCGGCACCGAUGGAUCCACCUGAGGUGAAGAGGUUCCAUCCGGCACCGAUGGAUCCACCUGAGGUGAAGAGGUUCCAUUUGGCACCGACGGAUCCACCUGAGGUGAAGAUGUUCCAUCCGGCACCGAUGGAUCCACCUGAGGUGAAGAUGUUCCAUCCGGCACCGAUGGAUCCACCUGAGGUGAAGAGGUUCCAUUUGGCACCGAUGGAUCCACCUGAGGUGAAGAUGUUCCAUCCGGCACCGAUGGAUCCACCUGAGGUGAAGAGGUUCCAUUUGGCACCGAUGGAUCCACCUGAGGUGAAGAGGUUCCAUUUGGCACCGAUGGAUCCACCUGAGGUGAAGAGGUUCCUCAUCCGGGUUUCUCCUUCCAUGGAGUUGAGCUCGAUGGAGCCGGAGGGGACUCCAAAGCUUCUUAGAUGCGUCUGGAUCGGGAAGCCAAGACCCUUCUGGAGCUCAUUGGGGUGGACUUGAGGAGACCUUCUCCUUCUCCGUGUCCUGGUGGAGCUUUGGGAAGAGGACACCUGAGCUCCUUUCGGCACCGUAUCCACGGCAGAACCUUCUCCUGAUGCUCCGUGGGGAGGGAAAAGGGGACAAUCCCAAGGCGGGGACCUCGCCGCGGGGCUUUCUCCUCCUUGGGUGACCACGGAGGAUCUCCACCACGGAGCAGCUCCAACAAGGAGUCCACCCGGAGUCCACCCGGAGUCCACCCGGAGUCAAUCCGGAGUCAACCCUUCCAUCCCGCCUGUCCCAGUAAAGAGUUGUUGUUUCCUGGCUCCACCUUCCAGGGGUCU